GUUCUUUCAUCGUAUUUGCUCAAAUGACUAGUCAACCCAUCACGCAAUUUUCGUUUCGUUCACAAAAGGAGCUUACCAUUUGGGAUGGAUAUCCUGAAUUCAAGGCUGUCAAUAACUUUAAGAAACCAGACAUGAGUAGCCGUAUGUUUCAUUAUAGCAGAUACGGUCAUGUCUACGCCUACUUGACCGGUGAAGGUGUCAAAGUAUUUGAUGCUGCUACAUUGGCACCUCUUUGUGAGAUCGAAAGAGCUAAUGUCAUUGACUUUUGGCUUUCACCUCAAGGAAGUUAUGUUGCUACUUGGGAACGUCCUGUCAAGCUUGAGGAUGGUGCUGGUAGCCACAAUUUAAUGAUUUGGGAUGCCAAGACAGGAGAACAAAUUGCUGCUUUUUCUCAAAAGGCCCAAAACAACUGGAAUUUCCAAUGGACUGAUGAUGAAAAGUAUUGUGCUCGUAUGGUGACUGGAGAGAUUCAAUUUUGGGAAACCAAGAGUUUAGGAAAAUCUGUUUGGGCCAAACUUCGACUUGAAGGUGUUGCUCAAUUCUCUUUGAGUCCCGGUAAAGCACCUGCAAUUGCAGUAUUUAUUCCUGAAAAGAAUGGAGCACCUGCUAUUGUUCGUAUGUACAGUAUCCCUAAUUUCAGCACUGCCUUAUCCAACAAGACGUUUUACAAGGCAGACCGAAUUACAAUGUACUGGAACGAUUUAGGUACAAAUUUACUUGUAUUGACCAUGACGGAUGUGGACAAGUCCAACAAAUCUUACUAUGGUGAGACCAAUUUGUACUAUCUUGCUGUGGCUGGUAACUUUGAUUGUCGUGUUGCUCUUGACAAGGAAGGUCCGAUUCAUGAUGUGACUUGGGGACCUGAUUCGAAAGAAUUCAUUGUAUGUUAUGGUUCUAUGCCUGCCAAGACCACCUUAUUUGAUCACCGUGCCACACCCGUAUUUGACUUUGGUAUCAAUCCUCGUAAUUUCGUUAAAUACAAUCCUCAAGGCCGUACCAUUUGUAUUGCAGGUUUUGGUAAUUUAAACGGUACAGUGGAUCUUUGGGAUCGUAAGAGUUUAAGAAAGAUCAAUACGUUUGCUGCAUCCAAUGCUUCUCAUUGUGAAUGGUCUCCCUGUGGUCGAUUCCUCUUGACAGCUACUUUGACCCCACGUCUUCGUGUUGAUAACGGAUUUAAACUUUGGCAUCAUACAGGUACAUUGAUCUAUGAAGAGUCCGUGGAUGAGCUCUAUCAAAUCGGAUAUCGUCCUGAACCUGCCUCACGCUAUCCUAUGCGUUCCACCUCUCCUCCUCCUAACCCAAUCAAGAUCCUUCCUACCACAGGUGGUGGUGCAAAGGCAAGUGCAGCCCCCGCCGGAGCUUACCGACCUCCUCAUCUUCGCGGUAGUGCUACACCUACCUCUCUCUCUGAUAGAGCCGCAGCCCUGGAUGGUAUUGGUAGAUCGCCUACUUCUCAACGUAGAGUGGUGGGAUCCAAACCCAAUGGUAAAUCAAAUCAUAACGGAAGAUCUCCUGCAUCACCAGCAGCAUCAGCAGCAGCAAUAAAGCCUCAAGAACCUGCGAUUAGUCCUGAGGAAAAGCAAAAGAAGAUCCGUAACCUUGAAAAGAAGUUGAGACAGAUUCGUGAUUUGAAGGAUAAGAUGAGUCAAGGAGAAGAAUUAGCUCCUGCUCAACAACAAAAGCUUACAAGUGAAGUUUCUGUGAUGAGAGAACUUGCUAAUCUUCAUCUUACCGAUUAAUAGAUAGAUAGAGAGAGUGUAUGUGUGUAUGCGGGGAAGACGGAGGGGGAAAAUAAAGAUAAAUUUUUUUUUUUA